GCAGUUCCCUCAAUAGAGCCCACACUUGUUAAUCAGAAAUGGAGCUAAGCUGGUUGAAUUUCGUAAUGCUGCUGAAAUGGUUUCACCUUGGAUGGGGCGAGUUUAUAGACCUUUGCGAGCUGCCCUACUGCGGAGCCAAUAAUUUAGCCUGCAAUAAUCCAUCUAAAUACAGUGUCAUGUGUCCGCCAAAUGCCAGGACUCUCUCCAUGUCGAGGUACCGAAAUGGCCUGCUCAACGCCUUCAAUGAGUUUCGCAACUAUACGGCCAGUGGAAAGCAAAAGUAUCUCAAAGGAGCUGCUGCACGCAUGUGCCGAUUGAGUUACUCUACGGAUCUGGAGGACCUAGCCCGAAUGGCGGUCAUCACGUGCUCCGCACACAAGUUCUGCCUGAGCUCACCGGAGUUCUACUAUAUAGGCACCAGCCUAGGAUCCACUUACUACCUGGGUGGUUUAAAUGACUACGAGGAUCUGGAACUGAUGCUGAGAACCAUCCAGGACUGGACCAAAUAUGCGGAUUAUAUCAACAUGAAAAUGGCUCUCUAUAUGCCGAGUACUUUGCAUAAAAGUGGAGCUGCAAAAGCCUUACUCCUGAUGACAGAUCGGAACACCCACGUGGGCUGCUCGGCAAUGCGAUUCACCGUGAACUCCGUCCACAACUUCAUCUUCGUGUGCGCCUUUAGUACGGACAUUUUCGUGGAGCGACCCAUUUACCGGAUGUCAAGUAAACCGGGAAGUGCCUGUAGGCGGUUGGAUCCCAUCUAUUCAGCACUCUGUGCCGUUGGCGAGAACUACGACAACAAUAAGCCCCUGCCCAAUGCAAGGGUCUUCCAGUUGCCCCUCGACCUAUCCAAGGGUCGACAGUCUUAUGUUCCUGCCACAUAGACCGAGCUUUAAGUGAACUUUAAAAUUCGCACAGCAAAAGUUAGUUUUCGUGUCUCCCUUUUUUUCAGAGGGCUGAUGGCCAGACAAAAGUACACGCCCCUGGAUAGCCAAACAUAAAAUCUGAGCACAAAAACAAAUAGUUAACACCCAGACGUGGCCAUCAAAGGGGGUGGAAGGGCAGCAGGAACAGACAUUUCAGCGCAGCCUCGAUAAUCACAGGACACAUUUGCAUAUAAACACGCUUCCGGGCUGAUGUCCUUCGCAUGCAAAUGAAAACAUUAGCGAGGCACACGCGCAUCCGCAUCCGCACUCGCAUUCGCAUCUGGGAGAUGCAGAUACAGCUACAGAUACAAAUGACAUUCGUCGCUGUCGCUGCUGCUGUCGCCUCUUCCCUGCUUAAAUAUAUAUUUCAAUUAAAAUUUUACACACGAAUAAAUGCAAAGCCACGCCCA